GUCACUUCACAUGUGUUUCGUGAAAAAUACCAACCUACCUAAUUUCAUAAAUUGCGUUGGGAUACUAUAACUACAUUACCAAUAUAAACUUGGGAAGAAAUUGCAAAGCUUCUAGAAGAAGUCAGACAAAUUUUUCUUUGAUAUAAAACAUUGCGUAUACAACGCGAGACUAUGAAGAACUUAAGUUUAUGGGAUGUUUCUUCUAAGAAAUAUUCAAUAGAAUCUGUUGAUACAUUUUGUGCUUGUUACGGUCAUCACGAGGAAUCGGCAGCGGGAGAACUUUUUGUAUGUUCAAAUAAGCUGGUCGUGAGUAAUUUUGAUAAUAAUUGUGAGAUUAAGUGGACUAAAGAUCUCACAGAGAUUGUAACGGCGGAAAAUGAACCUGUAAACGUAACAUUUUUGGGGUUAACCAAUUGUGUGAGUGUUGGUCUCGCGAACGGCGAGUUGAUCACAAUAAGUGACUUUGGAAGUAAAUGUGACUUGGCAGGCACUUGUGAGAAUGGGUUACUGGCAAUGGAAUGGAGUCCAGAUCAAGAGUUAUUGGUUGUGGUUACUAAAGACUUAAAUGUAAUAUUAAUGUCAUGUAUUUAUGAUCCUAUCAAUGAAUCAAAUUUACUAAUAAAUGAAUUUGGAGAAAAGCAAUUUAUUACAGUUGGAUGGGGUAAAAAAGAAACACAGUUUCAUGGCUCAGAGGGUAAACAAGCUGCAAAAUCACAAACAGAAGUAUUUGCUGAUAAGGAUGAUCAGCUUGACAACAAAAUAAUAAUAACCUGGCGAGGGGAUGGUAGUUUGUUUGCUAUUGGUUUUGUAAUGGAAGGCGUCAGAAUGUUCAAAGUUUUUGAUAGAGAUGGAAACUUGCAGUAUACAAGUGAAAAACAACCUGGCCUUGAAGCCAACUUAUCAUGGAGGCCCAGUGGGAACUUGAUUGCAGCAACACAAAAAUUAACUGACAAGUACAUUGUAUCAUUCUUUGAAAAAAAUGGCCUCAAACAUGGGGAGUUUACAAUACCUCUUGAAUUAACAGCUGUUGUUGAAGAUUUGUACUGGAGUUUUGAUUCAGAAAUAUUAGCUUUGUUAUGCAAUGACAACACUACAUACACUCAGAAAGUACUGCUUUUUACAAGUAGCAACUAUCAUUGGUACUUAAAGCAAACACUAACAUUUAAUGGACAACAAAAAAUAGGGAAAAUUAUGUGGGAUAAUGAUUUUGAUAUAGCCAACAAUAAAAAGAUGCAUAUACUAUUAAAAACUGGAGAGCAUUAUGCCUACUCAUGGAUAUGGAAUAUUGAUAAUAGCAAAGGUAAAAGUGACUGUGAUGAUGCGGCUGUAGCUGUUAUAGAUGGAAAGAAAUUAUUAAUUUCAGCAUUUAGAUAUACAACUGUUCCUCCUCCUAUGGCAAACACAGAGAUUGAAUUAGAGAAUGACAUUGAAUCAGUACAUUUUGCACCAGAUAAUGACAGAGAGUUGAAUUCUAAUUCAUGUGUAGUAAAAACAGAUAAGGAAUUUGUUUUUCUAAAGCAGUCUCUCAGAAAUCCUUUAAGAUAUGAAGCAUAUAAAACUAUACCUCACAAAAAUGUUAGUUUUCCAUUCCAGUGUUAUAAUUGGUACUGGUUGGACAGUAAAACAUUUUUAUGCACUUCAGUUGACAAUAAUAGUUCUUAUCAAUUUAUGCAAUACCAAAUAUCAGAGGGCAUAAUAGUAAAAGAAAGUGUACAGCCUCUACCAUCAGCAGUAACAAGGAUACAUUGCCAUCCUUUUUUAAAAUCUGUUGUAUUUUUACAACUAAACACUGGGGAGAUUUUAGAGUAUCGUUUUGAUGGUACAAUUAUUCCUCAUAUAUAUUCAUUUUUGGAAGCAUGUCCUAAGUUUUCCGUUUUCUCGGUAAACAAUGAUGUCUACUUAUUAGGACUUUCACACAAAGGAUGUCUGUAUAUUAAUGAUAAAAUGAUCAUGAAUAAUGUUAGCUCCAUAUCUAUUCAUACAAGCUUUCUAUUGCUAACUACAUUGAAACAUGUUCUUCUUUGCACUGAAUUAACAAAAUCUGGCUUGCACAGCCUUGAAACAUAUGAGAAAACGGAUACAUCAGAUAUUUAUAAAAGGAAAAUUGAACGUGGAGCUAAAUUGGUUGUGACUGUUCCAAAAGCAACGAGAACUGUUUUUCAAAUGCCAAGAGGAAAUCUGGAAACUAUUGAACCUAGACCCUUGUCACUUAAAAUAAUUGGAGAAUAUCUUGAUCUUUGCAAAUAUUAUGAUGCUUUUGAUUUAAUGAGAAAGCAAAGAAUAAAUCUCAAUUUAAUUUACGAUCAUAAUCCUAAACUGUUUACUGAGAGCAUAGAUAAAUUUUUUGAUGCUAUACAGAAUAACUCGUGGCUCAAUCUUUUUUUGUCAGAUCUUGAAAAUGUUGAUGUCACUAAAACAAUGUACACUAGUUGUUACCCUGAUAGAAAAGAUGAUGCAGAUAGAACCCAAGGAAAGAUACAACAUGUGUGUGAUAUUGUUAUAGCACAUAUUAAUAAAGCAAAUGACUAUGCUAACAGGAUAUUGCCACUUUUGACUGCUCUUAUAAAAAAUAAUGACUUAGAAAAGGCAUUAACUAUUAUAAACAAUCUGAAAAAAGAAGAGUUGAAUGGAAGUAAUUUACCCGUUACGUCAGAUGAUGCACUUAAGUAUCUUUUAUACAUGGUCAAUGUUGACAAUCUAUUUGAUGUUGCACUAGGAAUGUAUGACUUUGACCUUGUGUUACUGGUAGCUAAUAAGUCACAAAAAGAUCCCAAAGAAUAUGUUGCUAUGUUAAAUGAGUUGAAUGAAAUGGAUGAAAAUUAUAAGCGGUUUACUAUAAAUAAACACUUAAAGAGGUUUGAAAAAGCUGUACAAUGUCUUGCAAGGUGUGGACCAAGCAGAUAUGAAGAGCUUAAAACGUUUGUUAGAUACCAUAGUCUUUACAGAGAAGCUUUGGGACUGUUUUCAAUCAAUGACAACAUAUACAAGCAAAUGGCAGAUGAUUUUGGACUUUACUUGAAAUUAAAAAAGCAAUAUAUUGAAGCUGGUAUAAUAUAUGAAAGAGCAAAAAGUAACGAAAAAGCAAUUGAAUGUUACAAAGAAGCCUUGGAGUGGGAACUGGUAUUAAAAUUAGCUCAGGAUAAACCUAAAGAAGAGUUGAAAGAAUUGUUUUGGGAUCUAGCUAAUUCUCUUAAGGAAGUAAAACGAUACAAAGAAGCAUUAACAAUUAUGGAACAACUUGAUGAAGAUGAUGAAAACAUUAUUAAUUUUGCUAUUGAAUGUGCUCAAUAUAAAACAGCAUUGCGGUUUUGUACAAAGUUUAAAAAGAUGAAGUUAAUAGAAACAAGUCUGCUGCCAUCUUUAUUGGACGAAUUUGUAAAUACAAAGGAGCUCAUAGAAACAAAUUGGAUGAACUUUAAAAAGUAUAAAAAUCGACUCCAAGAAGUUAAAGAAAUGAAGAGGAAUAAAUCUGUUGACCUGUAUGAUCCUUACUAUGCUACUAAAGACAGUGAUUUAUACUCUGAUGUGGGUAGUACCAUUGCAUCUUCUUCUGGGUCUGGGCGAUCAUAUCGUUCAAGUAAAAAUAGAAGGAAACACGAACGAAAAGUUGCAUCCCUAAAAGAAGGUUCACAGUAUGAAGACACUGCACUCAUUAUGGUCUUACACAACUUGGUCACAUCAACAUUUGAAUUAAGGAUACAGGUUAAGGAAAUCAAUAUUGUGUUAUCUUGUCUUGGUAAAGACUUGGAAGCGAUAACACUUCAGACAAGCCUAGAAAAAACAUUGAAGGAGAUGAAGGAAAGCUUUAAAGAAAUAUGGAGCAACACAUUUACCUUGGAAGCAACAAGUGCUGCAGUUGCCGCAGAGAAUAUUCCAGAAGGGUGUAGUGUUAUACCACAAGGAAUGGCCACUCUUGAAUCACAUCUUAGAAUAGCUCCAGUUGUACAAGAUCUUCAAUGGAAACUUGAGGGGCUAAACCUAUAAUACCAUUAGGUACAUUAAAUUUAAUAUGUAUCUUAGCAAGAGUGUAUAUUUUUGUUAAUUUAGGUAAUAAAUGAAAGUAAUUUAAA